GUGUAUUCCCAACACUUAGAUCUAUUUGUAUAUAUACUUUACAACAGAUUUUGGAUUUGAGAAUUAUCUACGAAAACGAGGGUGGUGAUGUAGGACCACAAUAUCGAAUACAUUACAAAGGAUGGAAUAAAAAAUGGGAUGAAUGGGUUUCUGAGUCGAGAAUACUUAAGAUGACAGAAGAAAACAUUGCUGCUACAACAAAGAUAAAGCAUAUUCAAACUGCUCCUCCGACUAGUUCAUCGUCAGUUUUUGUACAAAUUGAGUCAAUGGAUGAGACGUUAUUACCCGAAGCUACACAAAAUGAGCAAAAUUCAAAUGCAUCAAAUUUCAAAAAUCGAAUGUUAAAACGUACCGUUGAUCAAGGACAAGCAAUAACAAGUACAUCUGCUAAAAAUGCGCUUAUUCAUCCUAUGCCACGACCCAAGACGGUUAAUGAUAUUUUAGAAGAAUUUUUUGAUUUCAAAAUGGAGAAGCUUAAAGAACAAAGUAAAACGUCUAUAGGUAGAAAUCGAGGUCGUAUAACUAAAUCACAAGAAUUAGCAGCGAGGGAUGUAACAAAUGGCAUUAAACAAUACUUUAAUGAAGCUCUUCCGAUAUGUCUACUUUAUCGAUUUGAGCGUCAACAAUAUGUCGAAAUGACGGAACAAUAUCCGAAAAAGGAAAUGUCAUCUAUUUAUGGCGUUGAACAUUUGAUGCGCCUUGUCGCCCAAACUGACGCACCACCAUCACAGUCGAAAGUUCCGUUAAGCCCUAAACGGGUUUUCAAAGUAUCUUCAUACCUGCUUAGUUGCUUGUAUGAAAAUUUAACCGGUCCAUUCAUUCCAUCGAUUCUUCAGUAUGGUUGGCACAAGUUAUCUAGUCAAAGAAAGAAGAUAUCUGUCAAAAAAAACAUUAAAUAUAGUCCAAGGAAUCGCCUUGACAUAUACUUUCCUGAUCGGAUUCCCACAACCACUUUCAGGAAUAGUCAAGUUUUUUCCGAUAAUGUGCCUUUCUUUAUGCAAUCUGGAAAUGUAAACGUGACCAGUACUUCUCAUGAAUCCCCCGUUAUCAUUUUCAUUAGUAGUUCUUGGAAUUCUGGAAGCAAAGCAACUUGUAUGCCAGUAGCUAAUAAUUUACAAAGCCAGGGUUAUAUUGUUGUAGUUCCUGACAUCACACUUUAUCCAAAAGGAAAAAUUACAGAAAUGAUUUCUGAUGUUCAACAGUGCAUUCAGUGGACGUAUAAUCAUAUUAGGCAAUUCCGUGGUGAUCCUUCACAGAUCUAUCUUAUGGGUCAUUCCGCCGGGGCGCUCUUGUCUUCUUUAACUGUGAUUCACGAUGUUUGUGCCACUUUGCAUGCACUUCCGAUUAACACAACUGAUGUGAAGAUUCCUGUUUGUGGCCAUACAAAUGGAAGGACUGGAUUACCUAGAAUUCAAGGGCUAAUCUUAUUCUCGGGUGUUUAUGAUACGACUUAUCACUACGCAUAUUUACAUCAACGAGGUCUCGAACAAGUUCAUGCUAUGCCCCGAGUAAUGGGAAAUACAUCAGAAUCUCUACUUCAAUGCUCACCUACUUAUUUACUCAAUCAUGCUCUCAAUAAUUCACAAAAUCGCGAUCAGCUUAGGGCAUUGUUACCUCGAAAAAUUUUUCUGAUACAUGGAGAUAAGGAUUCGUUUCACCCUCCAACAUCUACUCGUAACUUUUUCACCCUACUGGAUUCUGUUGGUAUACCUUCAGUGCAACUUAAAAUUUAUGAAGAUCUUAAACAUAUUAGUCCUUGCAUUGAUCUAAUCGUACCAACAAAAAGGUUAUGUGUGCUUCUAUUAGAGGAUAUUAGAGAAUGUUGUCAAAAUGUUAGACCAGUUAUGAUGGGAGGAAAUUUGAGCGAAAGACAGGCAGAAGGUGAAGAGGAUGAUCAUUCUAAUCGUAAUCGUAGUCGAGGUAGAACACGAAGGAGGAUGGCUUUAACUCGAUAUACCUUAUAG